AUGGAAAACAAAGAGACAAGAGAUGGUGUGCAUGCCUUAGGCGUAGAAUGGCGAGGAGAGGAGACAGGACCUCGUGAGAAACGACAACAUGGUCGACAGCCGCGCUGCAGUGGAUUACGAAGUCGCCAAACUGAGGCGAAAAGGGCAUUCGUGUGGACGGACGGUUCCUCUGGUACGACAUCGCUUUCAAGCAGCGUUGCAGAAGCUGAAACUAUUCUUGCUGAGCUCAAUAAAGCAAGAAAGAACAUCGAUGGUUUACCCUCGUCUCAAGUUUAUGUCGGAUGUCAUCAAUAUGGACAACGACAUGAAGGAAGACUUGUGAGACGGCAGAAAGCAGCGUGGGCAGCCUCCGUACCUCCGGAAGAGGUCAUCAACCAUCUAGCCGGCCCGGAUCUUCGCGCUAAUCUGCUCGAUUUCACAGUUCUUCCUGCGCUUUGUUACAGGUUCAACCGACUAACUCAACUCAUAGCCGGACUCCGCAGCUCCGAUAUGCGCAGAAUGUCUCGACUUCGCGAUCCGGUGGUAUACAUGAAGAACGCAAAAUUUCGGUGGGCGGUCAUAGAAUGA